AUGUCUACUGAACAAGAUGCCUUCACCUUUCUUGCUCUGGGUGCCAUCAUUCAGGAAUUCCGCGUCGGUAGUCAGAAUAUUGUUCUAGGCUUCCCCACUCAGGACCACUACGUCAAGCACAAUACCCCACACUAUGGCGCCACCAUCGGUCGCGUCGCCAAUCGAAUCAAGGAUGGAUUUAUUCGUGAACUGAAUGGUCGUGAUUAUCAGUUGGCCAAGAAUGACGGUCCUAACGCUCUACAUGGCGGUGAGCUGGGCUGGGGAAAGCGUGUCUUCGACGGUCCACAGACUGUUACCCGGAAUGGUCACAAUGCUUUGCUUUUCACACGCCUCUCUCGGGACGGAGAGGAGGGUUACCCGGGUACUGUCGAAGUGCGGGUUUGGUAUACAGCUAGUAAAGAGGGCGAGGCGUCUGUUCUGACGACCGAGUACGAGAUUGAAUUCGUGGGCAACGAGUGCGAGGAGACUGUGGUCAACAUUACUAACCACAGCUACUUUAAUCUCGGUGACAACCCUACUAUCACUGGGACUACGGCCCAGCUCUCUACAGCCGAAUACCUCCCUCUCGACUCAACUGGUAUUCCCGAGGGAAAAAUAGCCAAUUUUCCACUCGAUGUGACACAGCCAUUCGAAUUAAAUGCGGCCGGGCCUCAUAUCGACGAUGUCUUCGUCGUGGAAACUGAUCCCUCCAAGAUUCCGCUCGACACGCGCACUCUGCCGCUCCGCCAGCUCGCUCAGUUCCAUAACGAAGGUACCGGUCUUCAUCUAGAAGUACACAGCACUGAGCCCGCGUUCCAGUUUUAUACUGGCGAGUAUGUUGAUGUGCCUUCGAUUGACGGUGCCCCGGGUCAUACUAUGGGUGCUGGAUUCUGUGUGGAGCCGAGUCGUUAUGUCAAUGCAAUCAAUGUGCCGGAGUGGCGUGAUACGGUGCUUUUGAAGAAGGGACAGAUCUUUGGAUGUAAGAAUGUGUAUAAGGCCUGGAAGGCUUGA